AUGACCGCGCUGUGCGCCACCGAGCCGCGCUCCGUGGCCACCAACGGCGACGCGAAGACCGACGCUGCGACGGCAGCCGUGACCUUUUCCGGGCCUCCUCCACUGCCCAACCCCUCUACCGGCAGCGCGAAUCCCUCCGCAACCCUCCACUCGCUCUGGGGCUACCUCCAGCCCGCGCUCGAUCACAUCGUCCGCGCCCCGACCAACAACCCAUCCAAGGCCCCCGCGAUCGAGGUCGGCUACCACAUGGGCGUGCACACCGCCGUCUACAACUACUUCACCUCCCACUCCGAGGCCGCGCCCGGGCCCGCCGGGCUCGCGGGCUUCUCCACCCGCCUGUCGCCGCAGCAGAGCGAGAAGGCGAAGGCGAGCGGGACGGACCUGUACGAGCAGCUCGACCGGUACUACGCCGACACCGCGCGCGAGCUCUUCCUCGGCAUCCCCGCGGACGACUCGACGCUCAUCCACUACCUCGUCCCCUGCUUCAACCGGUACUCGGCCGGCGCGCAGUCCGUCUCCCGCCUGCUCAACUACGUCAACCGGCACUACGUCAAGCGCGCGGUCGACGAGGACCGCGGCUGGCUCCGGCUCGCGGACGUGCUCGACGCCGUCGCGCGCACGAUCCGCGAGGACGACACGCGGGAGAAGGUGCAGAGGCGCCUCCGGGAGCGCAGGGCGGAGGAGCUCAAGAAGUGGGGCUUCAAGGACGACGACCCGCCCGGGCGCGUCGCGCAGAUCGAGGCGUAUGCGGAGGCCGCGAGCCCGCCCGACCGCGUCGUGCCGUUGACCGCUGUCGCGUACCGACGAUUUCGGCUGGAGGUGUUGGAGCCGCUUCUGGCCGUGCCAAAGCUGAAAGGGAAGGGGGGAAAGAAGAAACGACCGCCGGCGACGAAUGGGGACAAACCACCGAUGCCUAGAGGGAGGUUGGCGCGAGCGGUGAAAGAGCUGUUGGAGUCGAAGGGAGGAGACGAGGAGAAGCGGAGGCUGGCGGGAGAACUGGCGAUCGCACUGAGGACGGUGGGCAUAAAGGUGGACCACCCGCUACGCAAGAAGCUCGACAAGUAUCUACCCGAGGACGAUCGUUGA